AUGUCCUUUCAUCGAAUCCUCCAACGACCCGCUGUACAGACAGUAUGCAUGGGAUUAGCUGCUUCAAUGGGAUCUUUUCUUUUGGCAGGAGGAGAAAUUACCAAAUGUCUAGCAUUCCCUCACGCUUGGGUAAUGAUCCAUCAACCCGCUAGUUCUUUUUAUGAAGCACAAAUGGGAGAAUUUAUCCUGGAAGCAGAAGAACUACUAAAGCUGCGCGAAACUAUCACAAGAGUUUAUGUACAAAGAACGGGCAAACCUAUAUGGCUUGUAUUCGAAGACAUGGAAAGGGAUGCUUUUAUGUCAGCUGCAGAAGCUCAAGCCCACGGAAUUGUUGAUCUUGUCGCGAUUGCGAAUUAGCGGCAAUGAUUCCGCGCAAAUGCACGAUUUUCUAUUUUUUUAUUCAUCUAAUCUUCUUAUUAUCUUAUCGGAUUUCUUAUAACUUAUAAUAUUUAUAUAAAAAAUUUCUAUUAAUUAAUUUAUAACUGAUUUUUAAACAUCGGGUUAAGAUUGAUCUAAACCAACUCAGUAUGUAUACGACUCAUCAUGCCAACUAUGAAAUAACUUAUUAGAAACACAAGACAGCCAAUCCGAAAUGUCACAAAAUUCUCCGCUCUUCGGGGAUGUCCUCGGUGCCGAGGAACCUGUACUAGGGUAUAUGUGCGACUCGUUCAGAUCAUAAACUAAGACAAAAAAAAAAGGAAAAAAAGAUUUUCCAGUAUCGAUGUAUCGGUUAAGAUAGUGAAUGGAGCUCUUCCCUUCACUAUUUUAACUGAAAAAAAUCUAUAAAAUUUAGAAAUGGAUAAUAAAAAAUGAUAUCUAUAUAUAUUCUUCUAUUGUGUAUCAAAUUUAUGGUUUUUUGGUUGGUAGAAAUCCAAUCACCUCAAUUUAGAAUUUAAGAUGAGACAAAUUUCCCCAUUGGUAGCAAAUGCUUACCUAUUAAGCGGGGGAAAUCCUUUAUUUUCAAUAAAUAGCGGAAAAAUUAUGCUCUUAUUUUGCUUUUUGAAAGAAUGGACUACGAGGGUCAGCUACCCAGUUAAUAUGCAUACUUAAAUACCGUUACUUUAUAGCUAGAUUUCGUUGUGAAAGACCUAUUUUACUGGAUAUUUCAUAGGUAGAGCCAAAGAGUGUGAACUGUACAAGUUAAUAAUAUGAAUGAAAUCCGAGAAGGGGCUCCAGUGUAUAGAGAGGAUCUCGCCAUUUAAAAAGUAAUCAUAGAAACGAUGGAACCCACCAUUU